AUGCCUACAAAGAGGCGCGGAGCUCCCAGCUCCUCCUCAACAGGCCCGAAGCGCGCGCGCCCCUCCAAGCUCGCAAAAGAGAACAAUAUCAGCGCCGAAGAGGAAAACGAAAUAAAAGAAGUAUUUCAGCUUUUUGCCGAUGAGAAUGAAGAAUUCUCAGAUGAGAAAGAAGGCGUGAUCCCACGAGAGGAUGUGCGCAAAGCACUGGUCGCUCUUGGCCUUACACCUGAAGACUCCACCGAACUCUCUGAGAUCCUCUCUGCCCUCGAUCCUACACUGACCGGGUACGUCGCCUACAGUCCCUUCGUCUCUGUCGCCGCUGCGAAAUUGCGCUCUCGUGAUGAAGACGCUAUGACUGCUGAGGUCGAUGAUGCCUAUCAGCUCUUCACCAGAGGAAAUAGUGGGCCAAUCUCGUUGAACCAUCUGCGACAAAUUGCGCGGGAACUGAAGGAGGAUUCGGUGGAUGAUGAGCUGCUGAAGGAUAUGAUCAUGGAGGCGAAUGGAGGGGCUGGAUUAACUGCGGGGGUCACGCUGGAGCAGUUUCAUGAUGUCAUGACGCGUGCUGGGGUCUUCUAG